UUGCCAACUCCUAAGAUGUUGCCUGUUGGGAAGGUAUUACAGUUAAAAAAACCUUAAAAAUAAGAAGCAAGUAAGAAUCAGGCAUAUUUGUAUGUGAAGUGAGAAGCAUCAUCUUUACAGGCAUGCAGAACUUUUGAGCUAACUAGCAGCCUUGUCAAGAAAAGAACCCCAAACUUCGUUUUAUCCAUUUCUCAAAUAUAUAAGAACACUCAUUUGCACAAAACAUAUGCAUCUCCUGGUAGAGCCUUUCCUUCACUAAUCACGACUUUUUAGUUUCCUGAAACGCCCUAGGACUUCUCUCGAUCCAGGCAGCUUUUUUUCUUAUCCAAAGACAUAUAUAGUGACACAUAUGGCUAAUGAGCAAAUGAAGCCUGUUGCCACCCUUCUUUUGGGGCUGAAUUUCUGCAUGUAUGCCAUAGUUUUGGGCAUUGGUGGAUGGGCCAUGAAUAGAGCAAUAGAUCAUGGUUUUAUCAUAGGUCCAGAAUUAAAACUGCCAGCUCACUUUUCACCCAUAUUCUUCCCAAUGGGAAAUGCUUCCACUGGAUUCUUUGUGACAUUUGCUUUGCUUGCUGGAGUAGUUGGUGCUGCAUCAGCAAUAUCAGGAAUCAAUCAUAUCCGUUCAUGGACCGCUGAGAGCUUGCCAUCUGCAGCCUCAGUUGCUACCAUGGCUUGGACUCUUACACUCCUUGCAAUGGGCUUUGCUUGCAAAGAGAUUGAGCUUCACAUCCGAAAUGCCCGUCUGAAAACAAUGGAGGCUUUUCUGAUUAUACUUUCAGCUACACAGCUUUUCUACAUAGCUGCUAUUCACAGUGCUGCUGCAUAUAGGAGAUAAACUUUAAGGAUGAGGGAAUGUGUGUGUGUGCAUGUGUUUUUGUUGUUGGCCAUGAAGGAUUGGAUUGGUGUGCUUGUAUUUUUCUCUCCCUCUCUUACUUUUUUAUUCCUCUUUGAUUUAUUGAUUUUUUCUGUCUUUCCAAUCAAGACUUGUAAUUAAUAAAAGUCAGAGGAGAAUUAGCACUGUGGUGACUUAAAUGAUUGGAUUUGUAUGAAUCAAGAAUAUUUCAUUUACAACUAUUACAAGAGAAUAAAGGAGAACAUUAUCUUUA